GUCGACCUUGGACAAGUGACCGCGCGCGAGGGAAUGGGUUACAGUCAGAACCCAACAGUAGUUAAGGCGGUGCAACCAUGGCUACAGGACCUGUCGACAAUGUCAUUCUCUUGGCGGAUUGUUACAAGACAUCGCACCACAAGGCAUAUCCACCUGGUACCUCGUCUCUGUAUGCCUACUUCGAGUCACGCGGUGGAAGGUUCCCCUACACCGUUUUCUUCGGCUUGCAAUACAUCCUAAAACGAUGGUUAUGCGGUCCUGUGAUCACGAAGGAAAUGGUCCAGGAAGCGAAGGAGGUAAUGGGCACCGUCUUCAAGAGGGAUGAUGUGUUCAACGAAGAUGGCUGGAACUACAUCCUAGAGCGCCACGGGGGUCGUAUCCCUGUGAGGAUUCGGGCGGUUCCGGAGGGCUCGGUCGUGCCCGUCAAGAACGUCCUGUUCACGGUGGAGAGCACUGAUCCCGCCGUCCCCUGGGUCACGAACUUCUUUGAGACUCUCCUGGUGCAAGUGUGGUACCCCAUGACAGUCGCCACGAUCUCGAGGAUUCACAAGCAGGUCAUCCACUACUACAUGUCACUCACUCAUGACAGCCUCGAGACGGUUGAAUUCUCGACUCUCCUGGUGCAAGUGUGGUACCCCAUGACAGUCGCCACGAUCUCGAGGAUUCACAAGCAGGUCAUCCACUACUACAUGUCACUCACUCAUGACAGCCUCGAGACGGUUGAAUUCUCGGUAGGCGACGCGGGUUGUGUGUGCGAUUCCUACGACAUCUGGAAGUGCUUCGAGGACGUCUGGUGCCAUGACCUUCGCGACCUGGUCCUUCAGCGUGGCGAGAAGGGUGGCUGCAUUUACCUCCGACCCGACAGCGGUGACCCAGCCGAGGUCGUCCUUAGGUGCUUGGAAAUCCUUGGCCAGAGCUACGGAACCCAAAACAACUCCAAAGGUUACAAGAUGCUUCCGCCUUACCUACGGGUCAUUCACGCAGACGGGAUUGAUUACAGGUCCCUUCGAGACGUCUUGGAAUGUCUCAAGAACAACGGCUGGUCCACUGCCAAUGCCUUCUUCGGCGCUGGAGGGGCUCUGCUGCAGAGGGUGAAUCGUGACACCCAGAAAUGCGCCUACAAGGUGAGUCACGCUGUAGUGGACGACGAAGAGAAAGAGGUAUACAAGGAACCGAUAACGGGUACUUGGAAGAAGAGCAAACGAGGGCGUCUUUCGCUACAGUGUGACGAGGGUGUAUACCGUACCAUCGAGCAUGGGCAGGGAGAUGGAGAGAAGGACCUCCUCGUCACCGUCUUCGAGAACGGGGAGCUCCUCAAGGACUACUCCUUCGACGAGGUUUGCCAGCGCGCGGAAAUCAGCCCCGAGGAUAUUGACGUCAUUAAGUUCCUUGACGGAGAGAAAUUCGUUGAUGGAGUGUAAUAGUUCCUUGAAUGGGAAGGAAAUUUUCUUG